CUCCUCCCAGCACACCCUCCUACACCAUACCGACCCUUUUUCCGCGCACCCAUACCCUCCAUCACCGCACCAGCCCUACCCCGCUUCGCCCGACUUUGCGCACACAUACCCUCAGACGGCAACGACGCCGACGGACGACUCCUAUCCCCCCACAACCACCGCACCCCCGCCGAGCUCGUUCUACCCGCCCGUCUCGCCGCACUCGCCCUCCUCGCCCUUCUACCACGCCCCGCCGACCCCGCGCGAGCACCCGCCAGCCGAGACGCCGCCCUCGACGGGCUCCCACGACGACGACCCGUACCGUCUCCGCCGGCUCAACGCGCCCGACACGCGGCCCAGCACCGCCGCGCGGCCCAGCAUCUCGCGCGGGAGCGCGAUCAGCUCGAAGGAGGUGCACGUCUCGCUUCCUGGAAGCGGGACCGGGACCGGGAAUGGGAUCGGACAGCCGUCGACGUCGCUGGAUAAGGAACGCGCCGAGCUCGAGAUGGACCUCACGGACGUGGAUUCGACGCACAAACGCGGAGAGCCGUCGCUCGGGGAAACGACCUCGUUCGCGAUGACGACGCCGAGCAUGCUCGAGUCGGAGGGAUCCAUCAAGAUGGACUUUGAUUUUGACACCGUCGACGAGGAAGAUUCGCCCUACCCCGAGGUCCGCGCGUCCGUGUCGAACAUCGACGACCCCGACAUGCCCGCGAUGACGCUCCGGAUGUGGAUCAUCGGCCUCGUGCUCUGCAUCGUCUCCGCCGCGAUGAACGUCUUCUUCAACUUCCGCCAGCCCGCGCCGUCCGUCGUCCCCUUCGUCCUCCUCCUGCUCUCCUACCCCGCCGGCAAGCUCUGCGCGUACGCGCUCCCGAUCACGACCUACCGCCUCCCCAAGUGGCUCGGCUCCUACGAGUUCUCGCUCAACCCCGGUCCGUGGAACAUCAAGGAGCACGUCUUAGUCUACAUCAUGAGCAACGUCGCCGUCUCGCCCCCUUACGCGCUCAACGUCAUCGUCGUCUCCGAACAGUUUUAUCACAUCCGGAGCGACUACUGGUUCAACCUCGUGCUGGUGCUCGCGACGCAGUUGACCGGGUUUGGGCUGGCGGGGUUGUGCAGGAGGUUCCUUGUCUGGCCCGCGAGCAUGGUCUGGCCCGCAAACCUGGUGGCAUGCACGUUGUUGAACACGCUGCACGCGGAAGACGACGAGGCGACUGGCGGGCUCACGAGGUACAAGUACUUCAUGUGGGUCAUGACCGGGAGUUUCUUCUUCUUCUUCCUGCCAGGCUUCCUGUUCCAAGCGCUCUCCGUCUUCAGCUGGGUAUGCUGGAUUUGGCCCAAUAACGUGCCCGUGAACCAGCUCUUCGGCGUCUCGUCCGGGCUCGGCAUGUCCUUCCUCACCUUCGACUGGACGCAGAUCUCCUGGAUCGGCUCGCCGCUUAUGGUCCCCUGGUGGGCGGAGGUGCACAUCUUCGGCGGCUUUGUGUUCUUCUACUGGUUCCUCGCCCCGAUCUUCUACUACACCAACGUAUGGAAGCUGUCCUACUUCCCCAUCUCCGCCAACGACCCGUACGACCGCUUCGGGAACACGUACAACGUCACGCGCGUGCUCCAGACGGACGACACCUUUAAUCGGACCGCGUACGACGAGUACUCGCCGCUUUACCUUCCGGCCUCUUACGCGAUCACCUACCUCGCCGCGUUCGCGCUCAUGACGUGCGUCAUCGUGCACACGUUGCUCUACCACGGCCAUUCGCUCCUCAACGGCGUCAAGCGCAUCUCGGUCGAGAAGGACGACAUCCACGCGAAGCUCAUGCGCAAUUACCCGGAGGUGCCCGACUGGUGGUACGGCGCCGCGUUCGUGUUUUUCUUCGCGCUCGCGGUCGUCGCCGUCGAGGUCUGGCAUACGAGCGUGCCCGUGUGGAGUUUGGUGCUGGCGGUGCUGUUACCCGUGGUCUACGUGCUCCCGAGUGGAUUCAUCUUCGCGAUGACCGGUCAAGGCAUCACGCUCAAUCUGCUGGCGCAGAUCAUCCCGGGCACGCUACUCCCCGGGAACCCGCGUGCGAACAUGAUCUUCAAGGCCUACUCGGUCCAGACGCUGAACGAGGCGACCGACUUCGUCCAGGACCUCAAGCUCGGACACUACGUCAAGGUCCCUCCGCGAGCGACUUUCAUAGUCCAGCUCGUCGCGACCGUCCUCGCCGCCUUCGUCCAGGUCGGCGUGAAGGAAUGGCUCUUCACGAACGUGCCCGACAUCUGCUCGCCGGAUCAGGCUUCGUCCCUCACCUGCCCGCACAACAAGGUCUACUUCACCGCGUCCGCCAUCUGGGGACUCAUCGGCCCUUCGCGCCAGUUCGGCCCGGGAUCGAUCUACUACCCCCAGAUCUAUGCCGUCAUCAUCGGCGCGUUCCUUCCCGUGCCCUUCUGGCUGUGGCAGCGCCGGUACCCGACGAGCUGGGUGAGGUAUUUGUCGACGCCCGUGAUCCUCAACGGCUUGCUGUUCAUACCCCCCGCGACGGGCAUCAACUACUCGGCGUGGUUCGCGAUGGGCCUCGUGUUCCAGUAUCUGAUCAGGAAGAGGAAUUUCGCGUGGUGGAGCAAGUUCAACUACGUGACGAGCGCGGCGCUGGACAGCGGGACGAGCAUCAGUUUGAUCUUGAUCUUCUUCGUGCUUCAGUUCCCGAAGAACGGAGAGAUCAUCGACAAGACCGUAUGGUGGGGUAACGAUAUAUUCCAGAAGAACGCGGACUGGAACAAAACACCAUUCCGAGCAGUGCCUCCCGGUGGCGUGCCCUCAUAACGACAGCCCCCCUCGUAUAUCUAUUCGUCCUCGACCUUGUUCUCGUCUGUGCUUGGGUCAUCGCGCACUGUCUGUCCUCCAUCUUCCUCUACCUCUUCCUCGGCCUGUUCGCGCACACGCACACGCACCCUCCUUGACUGUUAUAUCCCUCUCACGCCCGAUAUCUCCUUUAUCUCCUCCCUCCGCGGCUCCUCGUACUCGUGGCUGUGUCCUUCUACGUCUUUAUACUCCAUCUAGACCGGCUUUUUUCGACGUUCUUUUCUAUUUUCCUCUCGACACAUCGUCUCCUUUUCCUGUUUCGCGCGAGCGAGCGUAUAAGGAAGGGGCGGGGGACGCACCAUCAUCAGGACUCACUACUCCUACCACCCCCGGCGCCGAGACGAGGAAAAUUGCCGUCGUCCCGCGCCAGGCAGGACGUAUCGUCGUCGUCGACGGCUCCCCUACCUUCCUUCCUGUUUCGCAUGCCUCACGCGCGUAUCCCCGCUCCGCGGAUGCGUGGUAUGCGGUGAUUUCCAUUGUUUAUCGGGCUGUCGUUGGUGUCUCUACGAGAGCGAGCAAGCAUGCCAAGUUUUUUUGGUUUUUAGUGGGUCGAAGUAGGGAUCGGCCUGGGCAAGGCCGUAGUAAGAAGGGAAGAAGGGCAGCGGACAGUAUCGAAUAGUUCACCAAAAAAUGUGUUUUUCUUUCUUCUUUCUUUUGUCCCUCUCGUUGUUGACCGGUUCGGUCAGAGCCCCGCUCCUCCACCUUUGUAUGUUACUUAGUAUCUUAGCGAGUUUGGAGAUGUAAUGCUUGAGUAGGAAGUCGAAGAAAAACGUCUUUGUGCAACUUCGACAGGUCGGGUGUUGUUGACCCGUG